AGCACGGGAUCUGAAUCAGCCUUCGCAGCCUCAUGAGUCAUUAUAUAAAAACCUGCGCCGCUCAUAUCAUUAUCUUCUUUUCUUUCUUUUGCUUCGGUGCUCAUUAAUUCGACAUCCUCCCCUCUACAGGGUUCAAUCUGGGUCACGGUGUUCACGACCUCCUUUCAUGACAGAGUACACAGCUUCGCCAGAGGCCGUUCAGGUCUUUAGAAGCUCUCGUGAACGUACUGAGUCCUGGGUCCGUUCGCACUCACCUUUCCAUUCCCAGUUCUAUUCUCCAGAAAGUCCCCCAUCCGUCGCUAGUGAUAUAGAUAUCGAAGAACGUCAAUCAGACAACGGUAGUUCGCAUUCUCUACCUCCCAAGAUGAUGUUGAAAUAUGGGAACGGACGAGAUAUUCCUAUCUCGCAUUGGCACUAUGAAAACGGUAGCUCUCAUAAAGGGAGCAGCCAUAGUUCCAAUUCUCGUCCCCAUCUUCACACUGGCCAUCACCACCAUUCACAUGACCGAUCGAGGUCUGCUGCUGAUGCGUACCCUGCGCGAGCUCCUCGCCACCCAGAACACACUGGGUAUCACUCCUCAGCACGAGAUGCAUAUCAUUAUAACCGUGCAGACCCUGAAGAUAUGGAACCUGAAGAAAUACAAAUCCUUCCUUCUGACCCACAUGCUACGCCUUAUGACUCAAGAAACGAAAAAUAUCGGCCCCGUAGAGCUUCAGAACCUUACCGACCCGAACCCUUACAAUCUCCGCCACAUAAAAGUGCUGUUGAAGUUCUGGCAACACCUUUGCCACGCUACGUCCCCAGUCAUCACCGUGACGCUCCUGCUGCCCCACCAGUCACCUACUCUCAUUCGCAACCCAUCCCUCGACAAUAUGAGCAGCAUCACCCCGCGCACUCUCAUUCGCGAAAUCGGCCCCCACCUUCGAUCGUAUAUGCACCCGGAGCUCAUCACGCUUCCGAUCAUCAUUAUGCGCCACCAACAAUUGUAUAUGCCCCAACUAAGGCACCAGGCAUGACGUACACAGUGUCUGCGCCCACGGGUUCAGGGUUUCCGCAAUACCCUCGUAUUACUCCUGCCCCAUACCCCACCGUCAAUAGUCAUCUCGCGUCUAUACAUGAAGAGGCACGGUAUGGUCCGAGAGGCCCCCUUCCAAGGGAAGAUCGCCCGAGAGCUCCUUCUCCGAUAAGCGAGGCUGACAGCUGCGGCUCGGGCAGCACCUACUAUGUCAUACCCACUCCAGGUCAGAAGGUGAAGGUCCUGCCCGGACCCGCACCUUCCCUCUACACGGCCACGUCAACCACUAAAUCUCCCUCAUCUCCUCAAUCUGGCAGCACAGGGUUCAAAAAACCGUUCUUCAGGAGGCUUUUCAGCUUCGCGUCUGAUCUAUCAAAAGUGUCCAAAACCCCGAAAUUCGCUUCAAAGACUAAGUUACGACGCCGUCAUUCUUUAGACACGUCUGCGGGCGGUCAUAUACGACGGCGGUCGUGACGCUUGUAUAUGCCCUGAAUGAUUGAUUUUGUACUGAAUGCUCUACUGCUUUUACGCUUGUCUUGUUUCGAUAGACUUUGGAUACACUUAGGUUCAUGGGUACACUUAGGUUCAUGCAUACACAUGCACGCAUAUGCAUCACCGUCGCAUUGUACGAUACUGACAGCAUUGUAGCUCUAAUUUUCUCACUCUUUACUUUGGGCAUUCAUGUUCUUAGCAUCGCCUCAUUUCUCAUCUUACCCCUGUUGUCUCCUACGACCUUGAUAUACCUCCUGCAUUCCUUCUAGCAGGGUCGCAAUAACGAUACUUCGUAACGUCGAACAUGAUCGUGAUACCACAGACUGGUAAAUACACAUGUCAUUCAUUAAUAAAGGAACAUCCGCCA